AUGGAUGAAUUUGUUGGGAAUGAUAAUGAGGAUGUAAUCGAGGAAGUAAACAUUACUGAUGAUGAAGAAGAAAUUGGAGCCGACGAUGUUGUAGUGACUUCGCCAUUUGUUGGGAUGGUAUUCCACAGUUGGGAAGAAGUGGACAAGUACUACAAAAGGUAUGGAAGACAACAAGGAUUUGGCAUACUCCGUGCUGCUGGGUCGCAUUUGCAAAAGGGUGGGAAAAUCAAAGGAACUGAGGGGAUACUUGUGGAAGUGACUAAGGAUGGAGAUUGGGUGGUUAAAAGGGAAGUUAGUGAGCAUAAGAACCAUUGUCCUACACCGAGGAAGUCUAGGUAUGUUCCUAUGUACUGGCAGGAAAACAUCAACUCUCUUGUAAAGAGGAAGUUGUUCAAUGACUACAACUCGGGUGCUAAUGUUCCACAGAUAUUUAACUGUCUAGCUAGCGAGAGGAACGGGGUUGAGAAUGUGACAUUCACCAAAAAAGAUCUUCAAAAUAUAAUUGCUAGGGAUAAGGCAGAAAAGAUGAAGGAGGGAGUUUGGAAUGCAAUGUGGAAGUACUUUAAAGCGAUGUCUACUGACAACGAAAAUUUCUUUCAUAAGCAUAUGGUGGGUGAGGAUAACAGAUUACAGGAUGUGAUGUGGGUAGAUGCUAGGAGUAGAGCUUCUUACGAAGAGUUUGGAGUCGUUAUAGUGUUUGACUCCACCUACUUAACUAAUGAGUAUGACCUGCCAUUUUCUAACUUUGUUGGGGUUAAUCACCAUGGUCAAACCAUUCUGCUUGGGUGUGCAUUGUUAUCCCAUGAAGAUUCAGAGACUUUUGAAUGGUUAUAUACCACUUGCUUGUCAUGUAUGUCUAACAAAAAACCCAUAGGUUUUCUUACUGACCAAGACGUUGCCAUGAAGAAGGCCCUACUAGAAGUAAUGCCUGAUGUCCGACAUCGAUGGUGCUUGUGGCACAUACUUACCAAGUUCAGCCAAAAACUUGGAAAAUACAAUGACUAUGAUCAGUUCAAAGUUGAGCUUCAUAAUGUGAUUUAUAAUAGCCUUACUAAAAAUGAGUUUGAAGUGCAAUGGAAUGUUGUGAUCAAGAAGUAUAAAUUGGAGGGUGAGAUUUGGCUUGCAGGAUCAUACCAUGGAAGGGAAAUGUGGUUGCCUGCCUUUAUGAACGGGAUGUUUUGGGUUGGAAUGAAGAACACUCAAAGAUCUGAAAGCAUAAACAGGUUCUUUGAUGGGUUGGUUGAUAAGCAUACUCGAUUGUUUGAGUUUUCUCCAUUUUAUAUUAAAGUUGUGGAAUCUAGAGCUGACGAUGAACAACAGGCUGAUGCAGCUGACCAAAGGGAAGUUCGUCCGUUGGCAACCCAAUUUAUGGUUGAGAGAGCCUUUAGAAAAGUGUACACAGAUGUUAAAUUCCCCGAGGUUCAAGAGCAGUGCAAUCUGUAA